CGCGCCAGUUUUGAUUUACGACUUAAUGUUUGAGUGUUAAAUUUUACUAUUUGGGGUUCUUUAGCCCACAAUGAGUUCCUGUGGCUGUAUCUGUGAACCUCAAAUAUAUGCAGUUAAGAAUCUAAAACCUGAUGCUAUACAUUUGAAGAGGCAGAAGGUUCUUAAUAAACUAAAAAAUCUUUCUGAACCAACUUCCAACUGGUUUAUAAAAUUAUCACUGCAAAGGUUACUUGAGAAGAAUGCACUUUCCAACAAUGCCACUAUUUUCAACAAUGAAGCCUCAGACCUGUUGACACUCACUGGAAGUCCUGUUCAAGCAUCAACUCCUUAUUGUGGUAAUAAGAAAAAAUCUCAUAAGCAGAACAUUUUUGAAGAACAUUCCAUUUUGUCUGAGAAUGACUCUAGUCACUGCUCUUCAUCACUAAGUCUACAUUCCAAAAGCUUCAACCAGCCUGAAGAUAAAUUUUUCUCAACUUCUACAACAAAUAACAAGAACAGUUUGGGUAUUAGCUUGGAUGAUACUACUUACUCUUGGACCAGCUCUUUGGCAACUCCACCUGGUUAUAUUAAGACCAGUUCUGAAGAUGAGUGUAAAGAUGACGACAAUACAGGACAAAUUACUCAAUCAAAAUUUUUUGCCCGCGCUUUAUUUUCUCCAAAUGGAGAGACAUCCGAAUUGGAAGAUUCUGCUAUAUUAUCUUCAACAAUCCAUACCGAGUUGAAUGAAAAUGACAAAACCUUUACUACAACUGACAUCUCAGAAUAUUCUAUGGAAGUUUCAUCCCCAGUAUUAUUUGAAGCUGUUAAUAAAGAUGAUUCUAAAAGUUACGCAACUGCUAAUUUUGAUGUAUCUGAAAAAGCAAGCAUGUCGACUCCUCCAGCUGAUUGUAUUAACAAAGACAAUUCUCUACUGCAUUCUAUUUUAAUUAAAAAUAAACAACAGACUUCAACGCACAAGAGUGUUCAUUUCUCAGACAUACCUUCUUCAAUUCCACAGAAAAAUCAGUCAAAGUGGGAUUUGGUUUCAGUAAAUCCAUUGUUAUGCCAGUCAACUGAUAUACAUUCCUUUAAUCAAGUAUCAGAUGGACGAACUCCAGAUCAUAAUUCCCUCGUGGCUAAUGUAGAUCAUAGUCCAUCUGUAACAGGUUUAGUUUCUGACGAAAAUAAAUUUGAAUUCAAUGAAGAAGUUGUCAAUUGUUGCAAAAGUUCAGAUUUUAAUUCUUCAUUUGAAUCUGCAGCAUGUGAGAAAAAUUCUUUAAGAGCAUUAGAGGAUCCAGUGAAGAUUUGUGAAGCAUCUACGACUGUUGUGAAUCUGGAUAUUGACAAAAACCACGUACCUCACAGCAUAGAAUUACAUGUAGAGAAACCUCAGUCAAAGCAACAUGAUUCUUCCAUUCAAAAUAAUUUAGAAAUUGUCAAAGAUUGUGUAAAUGAUAUACAUAGUCAAGAAAAACAUGUUGAAAAAUUUGAUUCAGUUACAAAUUUGUCAGAAAUUAAAUUGGUAGAUGAUGUUUCUGAAAGGUCUUCUGAAAGUAAAAAUAUUAACUGUCAUUCAGUGUGUAACUAUGUAGAAAGUAAACAGCAUAAAGAUUUAUUAGUCUCUUGUGACUCAAAUGUAACAGUGAAACCUAAGUCAACAGCCAGUCUUUCUUUAAGCAGGAAAAGUAGAUUAAAAGGAAAAACUAAACGUUUUUCAUAUCCUACUGCAAGUCAAAUCCAUCAGUCAUCACCCCUUGUAAAAUUUUCCUUUAAAAUGCAAAAUUUCUCCACAAGUAAUGCCACAGAAAAUCACUGCUCUGAUUCCAAUACAAAACUAAAUAAUACCACACUACCUAACUUCAACCAACCAUUUACUAAGAUUGAAUCUGAUCUUGCCAAACCUGUUGAUGAUAAAAAUAACAUUGCUGAAGACAGUGCAUUCUCAACCAACAACACUGUAAAAAGUGAUAUUGUCCAAAGCAAUAACAUGGAAGAAUACAGUGCUGUCCAAAGUAAUAAAACUGUUGAAGAUUGUAUUAUGAACACCGACAAUUCUGUUGGAGGCUGCGUUUUUCAAACCAAGAACACUGCAGGGAGUAAUACUGUCCAAUUGAAGAAUACUAUGGAAAAUUGUGCUGUCCAGCCCAACAUUUCUGUGGAAGAUUGUGUUGUCCAAACUAAGAACGCUGCAGAAGGCUGUACUGCUGAUCAAACUUACAAUCCUAUGGUAGGUUUUGUUGCUGUCUCAGUCAACAACAUUGUGGAAGGUUGUGCCACUGUUGAAACUAAGAAUUUUUUGGAAGAUAGUGCUGCCAUUCAAACUAGCACCUCGUUGGAACGUUGUGUUGUUGAAACCAAGAACUCUGUGGAAAGUUGUGCUGGUGUCCAAACCAACAAUCCUGAGGAAAGUUGUGCUGCUGAAACCAACAACACUAUGAAAGUUUCAGAUGAUCCACAAGAAGGCAAGAAGGAUUCUACUAUCUCACAAAUAAAAGAACUUUCUGCAUUUCCUGACCUAUCCAAAAAUAAGAAUAUCCCAAUUUAUUUAGAUGACAAUCUCCCUGCUUCUGAUAAUGUUAAAAACAAGCAACAAAUAGCUUCGGUAACUUGUGAUAAACAGAAACCAAUGCAGCAAACAACAGCUGAUAAAAUCCAAAAGACUGUCCCCAUAUUACCUCGGUAUAAUUCAUUGCAAUCUUCUAAAAAUAAAUCUUCCUUACUCCAGAAGCAAGCUGGGUUUUCUUCAGGUAUUGCCACAAAGAAAUCUAGUGAAGGAAACCAAUGUGAAAAUGUUUCAGAAACAACUAAUGUUCGUCCCUCCCACUCUAAACAGUUAAAAGAUUUUCAUAAAUUCAGUGGUUCUGUUGAAGAUCACUUUACAGCCAGUCAAAUCGUCUAUUGGCAAUCAUCAGAAGAUUUCUCAGAGAGUUUCAAUGAUACUACCAUUCCAUUUCAGCAUAUACCUGAAAUUUCUUAUCACUGUUAUAAUGAUAAAUUGAAUACUAAAUUGUCAAAAGACAUUAUACAAGUUGACAGCAAUAAGCAACCAGGUCAGAGAGAAGUGAUCUUAGAAAAAGUAGAACAAAAUGAUCAAGAUAUCAAGGGGCAGAAGAUUCAAAUUAAUGAAGAAAGCUUACAAAAGGCACAAAAUUUAGUGAAAGAGAAAGGGUUUUCUACAGGGAAUGGGCAAAAGAUUCAGUUAAACCAAAAAAGCUUAGAGAAGGCACAGAAUUUAGUGUAUGGUAAUGAUGAAACUGUUGAAAAACUCCAAGGAUUUUCUACAGCAGGAGGGCAGAAGAUUCAAAUUGAUGAAAAAACCUUACAAAAAGCACAAAAUUUAUUGAAUGAUAGUGAUGAAACUGUUGAGAAAUUCCAAGGUUUUUCUAUAGCAAGAGGGCAGAAGAUUCAAAUUGAUGAAAAAAGUUUACAAAACGCACAAAAUUUAUUGAAUGAUAAUGAUGAAACUGUUGAGAAAUUCCAAGGUUUUUCUACAGCUAAAGGACAAAAAAUUUCGAUAAACCCACAAAGUUUACAAAAGGCACAAAGUUUAAUGAAUGACUGUGAUGAAACCAUUGAGGAAUUUCAAGGGUUUUCUACAGCUAAAGGGCAGAAGAUUCAGAUAAACCAAAAAAGCUUACAAAAGGCACACAAUUUAUUGAUUGAGAAUGAUGAAACUGUUGAGAAAUUCCAAGGUUUUUCUACAGCUAAAGGGAAGAAGAUUGAAGUAAACCAAAAGAGCUUAGAAAAGGAACAGAAUGUACUAAUUAACAGUGAGGAAACUGUUGAGAAACUCCAAGGUUUUUCUACAGCUAAAGGGAAGAAGAUUGAAGUAAACCAAAAGAGCUUAGAAAAGGCACAGAAUGUACUAAUUAACAGUGAGGAAACUGUUGAGAAACUCCAAGGUUUUUCUACAGCUAGAGGGCAGAAGAUUCGAAUAAACCAAAAGAGCUUACAAAAAGUACAAAAUCUAGUGAAUGAGAAUGAUGGAACUGAUGGGGAAUUCCAAGGAUUUUCUACAGCUAAAGGGCAAAAGAUUCAGUUAAACCACAAAAGCUUAGAGAAGGCACAGCAUUUAGUGUAUGAUAAUGAUGAAACUGUUGAGAAACUCCAAGGAUUUUCUACAGCUAAAGGGCAGAAGAUUCAAAUAAACGAAAAAAGCAUAAAAAAAGCACAAAAUUUAUUGAAUGAGAAUGAUGAAACUGUUGAGAAAUUCCAUGGUUUUUCUACAGCUAGAGGGCAGAAGAUUCAAAUAAAUGAAAAGAGCUUACAAAAAGCACAGGAUUUAGUGGAUGUGAGUGAUGAAACUGUUGAGGAAUUUCAGGGAUUUUCUACAGCCAAAAUGCAAACAGUUCAAAUAAAUGAGCAAAACUUCAAGAAGGUUGAACGCUACAUCACUGACAAUGCACAGUAUCUAAAAUCUGAUUUAUUUUCUGAAGCAUUAAAUUCUACAAAAAACAGUGACUUAGAAUCUAUUGAAUUGGUUAGGGAUAUGCAGAAUAUGAAGAAAAAGAAAUUUGAAGAAAGUAGAAGUCUUAAAAGAAAACUUUCAAUAAAAUCUUGUUCUGACAAACAAUUGCCAAAAAGAUUUUGUCCAUUUAAAUCUCCAAGAAUAAUUAAUAAACCUGCAUUACUUCAAAAUAAAUUCAGUAACAAUACUAUUAAGAAUGUUGAGCUCAAUGAUAAAGACUGCCAUGUAUUGUGUGAAGAAAAGAAACCUAGUACUAAUUCUCUUCUUAAAAACCAAAGUACAUGUUCAGAGAACAUGAUUGAAAAGGCAGCUAGUGGUAAAUAUGAAUUGAAAAGCACUAUUCCAUUGAUUAAUUUAACAGAGAAACAUCUAGGUAAUAAAACAAAGGAACAAAAUAUCAGUAAUGAAAGACAGUUGGGUGAUAAUCUUAUAGAAAUUAAAGAUUAUGUAACUGUAGCUGAAGCUAUAGAUGAUGGUAAAAUUGACGGUGAUGGUCAUUUAAGAGUGUCUACCACAAUAACAAAUGAACAGUUAGAAGAAAAUAUUCAAAAUUCCCCAUCUGAUGGUUUUAAGAUAAUUGGUGAUGAAAAAGACACAAAAACCCAAGCAUUAUUGGCAGGUGAAAAUGAAUUUGUUGGACCAGGUACAACAGGCCUUCAGGCUCAUGAAUUUUCAUCUUCAAACAUGACAGUAUCUUCUACCUCAGCAUCUGAUAGAAAGCUUUGUAAUAAGGACAGGCCACAAUUACUUGUCAAUUCUCAUUCUAAUUUGAAAACAGAAAAUAUAUUAAAUGAAAAGUCCGUGAUUGAAAUAAAACAAUCUCUUGAGAAAAAUGUGGUAAAUGAUCUUUUGUUUACUGAUUUAAACUCGUCUGAAGUUAGAACAGAUACAAUGGCAUCUGUCAGUAACACUUUGUCAGAUUUAGUGAAAGAGAAAUCAGUAAUUUCUUCAAAUGAAGAAAUUUCAGAACAAUGUGACCAAUUAUUAGAUGAGCUUCAGAAAAGUUUUUCUGAAGAUACUACUUUUGAUCCACCUGAAACAUCUGAUAGUAAAAAAAGAAACUUUUCAGAAAUAUCUGAUGAAAACUCUACCUCAGUUUGCAAAAGAUCUAAGUGCUCCUCUGAGAAUUCAAAAUCAGUAUCCAUUCAUAAUGAAAAAGAAGAGAAUUGUGAGAGCAUAAUAUCAAAAAAUUCUGAAAUUUCUGAUGAUAUAUUAGCACAAUCAAUGGAAAUAUAUGAAAACCAACCUUUAAGAUCAGCAUUCCCUAUACAUGAGAUAAAACUUCAUAAUACCAAUAAACAAAUGCAGCAUGUUGAUGAUAUUCCUGUUGAGAACCAAAUGAAUGAUGAUAUCUCAGAUGAACUAGCGAUGACAUCUGCAGUUGAAAAGAUGGAAAAGGAAUUUUAUUUUAUUAAAAAUAACACAAGGCAAGCUGUUCCUGAAAAAGAUCAUAUCUCUAAACAAAAAGAAAUUGAGAAAUCUAUCUCCACUUGUCACGACAAUACAGCUGGGUGUUUUGUAGCAUUUCAGACAGCUUUAGGUAAAAAUGUAACCGUUUCAGAGAAGUCUGUCAAAUGUGCUAAACAGAUUUUCUCUGAGAACUGUAAUGAAGAGAAUAAUAAAACUGGGCAUUUUGUGGCAUUUCAAACAGCUUUAGGUAAAAAUGUUAGCGUUUCAGAGAAUUCUAUCAAAUGUGCAAAACAGAUUCUCUCUAAGAGCAAUGAUGAAGAGAAUUCUGCAAGUAAAGUAUUAAAGCAUGAAAUGUUACAUAGUCAUAUAUCAUCAGUAAAACCAAACCAGUCUGAAAUCGAGAGAAAUUUUACCGAUGCUUAUGAAAAAAAUGAGAUUGACCCACCAUAUCCAAGUAUAUUUGAAAAUUUGCAACAGGAAGACCAAAAGCUUUUAAAGUUAAACAGUAAAACGAAUUCUGCUAUCUGGAAACCCUCUGUUUCACAUGAAACUGAAGACCGGCAGAGAAUUCUUCCUGUGGUUACAGAUCCUAUCCAGUUCCAUGAUUUUAGUUCAGAUAAGAAGGACUGUAAUUUCCAGUCCUUACUUUCACCAAACAUUUUCCAAGGAACAACGAGCCAUUCUGUGAAAUCUACUGCUAUCAUAGCACAGAACACAAAAAUAUCUGACUUCAGAACUCCUUAUCGUAAAACAGGCAUUUCACUGCCAGACAGUAAAAGACAUAUUAAAGCAAGAUCGAUCUUGGACAAUAAAGAUAAAGAAUCAAUGAACAAACCAAUAUUUAAAGGUUGUCAACCUUCAGCUUGCACAUCAUGUUCUAGAGAAAGCAUUUGUUCAAAUAACAGUAGUAAUUUCAAAUCACUUCCAACAGACAUGAGUACAACACUAAGUUCUGACAAAAGUGAUGCAUCAGAUAUUGAAUAUUCGGAAGUUUCUGGUGAUACAGCUGCAGACAAAGUUACAUUGCCUUAUAUAAAAUCUUCCAAAUCAUUUUCUUGUCAAGAUCUAUCAUCAAAUACAACUGGAAAAAAGAAACCUGAAAAUGUAAUUCCAUGUAAUAUUAAUGAAAUAACAAGAAAACGUUUAGCCUCAAAAAGUUUUGAAGGUACUGAAAUGAGAAAAACAAAUCCAGCUUCUUUGUACCAUGAAAAGCAAAAUCCUAAUUACCCUCAAAACAGUCUAGAAAAUUCAGAAACUGGACUUAGUAAACCUUGUCAUCAGAAAAAUAAAAGUAAGGAAUUACCUAUAAAAGAUCACAAAAUUCAUUGGAAUAUUAAUAGUGGUGAUAUAAAUCCUGAAAAAAAUGAUCCAUCUCUCUUGUCUUCCACUGUAGCUUCCAACGUUGAAAACAAGAAUUCAGAAUUUUCCAAAUCUGAAAAUUUAAUUAGCUUUCAAAAGGCUCGAUGUGAACAAGAUGCUAUAAUAAUAAAGAAAAAGCAGAAAAAUAUCCAACCCAACAUUGGUUUAUUAAUGUCCCAAAAACAAUCGGAAAGACAACAUAAGAUUGUGGACUUCUUAAAAGACACUUCUUUUGUUCAAUAUUCACAUCAGCAGCUCUUUGCUUUUGGUGUACGACAAAGUGUUUUAAACAUCAACUCUACAAAUGCGGAGAAUUAUCAUUUUCAACUGUCUGACUUCUACGAUAUUAGCUACUUUGAUAAAUUUGUUAUUGGUGAUGGUGCAUUAUUGGUACCCAAUGACUCCGGAAGUGCUGGCAAAAAAGAAUUCUUUAGAUCAUUCUUAACAAUUGAAUCUGUGGAUCCUAAUCUGAUAUCUAGAGCCUGGUUCUUUAAUCAUUACCGCUGGGUUAUCUGGAAACUAGCUGCAUAUGAAGUGACUUUACCUACUUUAUUUGGUGGAAGAUGUCUCUCUCCUGAAAUGGUUGCUCUUCAGCUCAAGUAUAGAUAUGAUCUUGAAAUUGAUAACUGUAAGAGGUCAGCUUUGAGGAAGAUUACUGAACGUGAUGAUACACCAGCAAAGAGGAUGAUUUUGUGUGUGUCAAAUGUUAAUAAAGAUUUAAUGAAAGCUGAUAUGUCCUCAAAAAUUCAGAAUACUGAGCAAUGUAUUGAAGUUACUGAUGGCUGGUACCCUUUGAAAAUGAUCCUUGAUAAUCAAUUAAUGAACUUAGUUGCCAACAAGAAGAUCAGAGUUGGUCAAAAGUUGUGUAUCUGUAAAGCUGAGCUUGUUGGGAGUGAAGAAGCCUUCAACCCACUUGAGGCAUAUUCUCAAGUUCAGCUGAAAGUCAAUGGGAACUGCUGCCGCCCUGCUAAAUGGAAUAGUAGAUUGGGAUACCAGCGUGACCCUCGACCUUUUGCCAUCCCUAUCUCCCAUAUAAAACAAAAUGGUGGAUUGAUUGGUUCGGUUGAUGUUGUUAUAGCUCGAAUCUAUCCUAUAAUGUACAUGGAAAAAGUAAGUGGAUCAAGAGCUGUUUUCCGGUCAAGUCAUAACGAGCGUAAAGCAGAAGAACAAUACAAAAGAAUUCAACAGGAAACACUUGAGAGAGUUUAUAACAAGGUGCAGCAAAACUAUAAAGAGAUUGUAUCAAAAGGAAAUAACGUGAAGCCAAAACAAUUUACUCAUAAGGACAUUGCUAUUUUGGACAGUGGCAGAGAUAUUUACGAUGCAAUAUUGUCAGCUUUACACCCUGAAAGUGUUCAAGAAUAUCUUACCGAACAUCAAAGAACACUGUUAGCCAAUUAUCAGCAAGAAGUCCAAAAUUUAAGAAAUCAGAAAAUUCAAGAUGAAUUACAGAAAGCUCUUUCAGAUGAAAAUGAGAAGAAUCCAAAACGCAAUGUUGUUGCUGUUUUAAAAGCAAGACUGGUGGGCUGCAGUGAACAAGAUCGAGAACCACUUGCCACUACACUAUUGACUAUAUGGAAACCAACAGAAGAACUCAUAAACAUCUUGUCAGAAGGUUCAAGAUAUCGUAUCUACAACCUUAUCCCUGCACAGGCCCGAUUUCAAUCCCUGAAAACUACAUCUGUCCACUUGUCUGUGACUCGAUCAUCUCACUUUGACUGUCUGAAGAUAGAUGCAAGCAAACUUUCAGAAAUAUAUUCUCCAAGAAAGGUAUUUACAACCACAAACAUAAUAACUGACCCCUGUCUACGAAAUUAUUAUGAGGUUGAUAUGGCUGGAAUAGUAUUAAAUAUUUCAAAGUCUCUCACAACAAACCAACAUAAACUUGAACAGUUACAUGCAGUUGAUGUUGAAGGGAACAUUUUCACAAUUUGUUUCUGGGGUUAUAUGCAGGUAUUUUCAGUGGAUAAUAUUCUACAAGAAGGUGUUGUUUUUGCUGCAAAGAAUCUAUUAAAGUACAGACAAGAUGGACCUCAUUCAGUUACUGUUGAUGCUAGCACAGAGAUCUCUGAUUUCACUCUAAAUCCACAAUCUGGUCAUAUGAAAGAGUGUGUAAGUCAGCUGAAAGAUUUAAAGGUGAAAGAAGGGUUUCUAUCAGCAGCUUACAAGAGAUUAGAACAAAGAAAACUGUCUUUAAAUCUUCAGGGUACAGAGCAGAAGUAUCACGUAAAAGAGAAUGUUUUGCACACUUCAUCUUCAGAUGAUUCUACGAAGGCUCAGAAAGCUGCUCAACAAAUGAAAAUGUCCAAACUUCUCGUGUAUGGGGCUGCAUCCAGCUUGCCCCCCUUAGCCAGUUGCUCAUCUCCUUCUGUAUAUAAAGCAUUUAAGGCUCCUACCUUAACCAAAGCUAAAAAAUGACCAGUUCCUUACAUAUGUAGUUUUGUAUUAUAUUACUUUCAUUCACAUUUAUUAUUCCAUUAAAUAGUUCUAACCACUUGUAAAUUUGCCAAACUCAAA